CCCAUAGUGCACAAGUUAAUGGGAUAGGUGGUGUAGCUUCUGUGUUGUGUUUUUGUCGACCCGAACAAGCAGAACAGGGCAGACAACCCGUUCUUUCUUUCUGCAAAAUCAAAAUCUAACAAAUUAUUACUACAAUACAGCAGCGCCAUGAUCAGCAUCCUAGCUCAAGAGCGUCUGCUGGGCGCGGCAUUGGGAGCUGCGUUUGCGGGUUUCAUUGUUUAUGAGCAACGAAAGCGCAUCUAUCAAUCUAUUUCACCCGAACAUCCUCAAUCCCAGUUGAGAGAGCCCAUAUUUGGAAAGCAAUUUCGUUCAGAGUUCGAACUUUCUUGGAACAAAGCUGUGGACCAGACAUUUGGACCUCUGGUUGCUUCUCUUAAUUCACGUAGGCAUUAAGACUUUGGAUUAGUUUCAUUGCUAUUGAUUGAACAUUUAUAUCAAGUUUUGAGCCAUGUACAUGCAAUAGUUCUAAAUCAUUUUAUGGGACAUGUUCUGAGGCUGACUAUGAUUAAAACUCAAAUAAUAUAUUACCUCACUUGUAAUAUUUUGGAAUUUUAAACAACUUGAAUGGCAUGGCUUAUUUUCUUGUAA